AUGAGUGACACUCUUAGACCUCCUUCCCUCCAGGUAAGUGUCCCAAUCGAUGCUCCAGCAUACUCGGACGGAGCAAACAACAGCGUGUCGGAUGGUUGCCUGCGAUCCAGCUCCUCGACCCCAACUCUCCGGCGCAAGCGCUUCAAGAUGCGCCGCAUGAGGAACGUGCCCAGCGAGAGGGAAAUUGAAAGAGGGCGGGUGAACAGUUGCCACCUCACAGCUCGGUCCCACUCCGGCUCCAAGGAGUACCUCCAGCUGCCUUCCAUUGAGAUCACGCCAUCCAGCGAUGAAGAUGCCCUGUCUUCCUGGUCCCGCUGCUCCACACCCAGUGCCUCACCUCGCCGCAAGCGUUUCCUGUUGAGGAAGUGGCUGAAGGUCCGAGAGAAGAAGGAGAAUGUCAGUGAGAGCAGUAGCCAGCAGAGCAGCCAGCAGAGCAGCCAACAGAGCAGCCAUGAGGACGACAGCAAUCGGUUCCUGACUCCAUUAAUCCUAGAAGAGAGGUCUGACAGUGCAGCGGACAAAUUCAGCACUGCCAGUAACUCAAACAAGAGCACACCUGCCUGCUCACCAGUCCUACGCAAACGCUCACGCUCUCCCACGCCACAGACCCAGGAGGGUGAGAACAUGGUGGAGAAGGGUUCGGACCACUCCUCUGACAAGUCCCCCUCCACGCCCGAGCAGGUCGUCCAGAGAACGUACUCCUUGCAGUCAGCACGAAGCGGGGGAAAGAACUCGAAGUCUCACAAGCGACUUUCCAAAAAGAGCCAAAGCUGGUACAAUCAUGAAAGACAACACAUCCUGAGAGUGCUCAGCCCGACAUACAAGCAGCGCAAUGAGGACUUUAGGAAACUCUUCAAGCAGCUCCCCGACACAGAGAGGCUCAUUGUGGACUACUCCUGUGCUCUUCAACGGGACAUCCUCCUGCAGGGACGACUCUACCUCUCUGAGAACUGGAUCUGUUUCUAUAGCAACAUCUUCCGCUGGGAAACACUGCUGACAGUGCGGUUAAAGGACAUCUGCUCAAUGACUAAAGAGAAGACUGCCCGCCUAAUUCCCAACGCCAUCCAGGUCUGCACAGACACUGAGAAGCACUUUUUCACCUCGUUUGGAGCCAGGGACAGGACGUACAUGAUGAUGUUCAGACUGUGGCAGAACGCACUGCUCGACAAGCCCCUGUGUCCCAAAGAACUUUGGCACUUUGUACAUCAGUGCUAUGGCAACGAGCUCGGCCUCACCAGUGAUGAUGAGGACUACGUUCCACCUGAUGACGACUUCAACACCAUGGGGUUCAGUGAAGAGAUUCCCAAUGAAGAGAAUGAGAUCAACAAUGAUAGCUUGUCUAAGAGCAGCACUGAGGCCAAGCCUGACGGAAGCCCUCUCCCCAUUCAUAAGAACAUAGUCCCUAACAGCACCAUCCCCAGCCCAGGCAACCAUGACACGCCCAUCACAUUCGACCUCCCAGCAGAGGAAUAUGCAGACUGCCUACCAGACAGUGAACUGCUAGCUCUGCCCCUGAUGCUGGAAGAGAGGAACUACGAUACCAGCAGGCCUGGUGGUCCCGUACCCUCACCCUCACUCGACUUCAACGACAACGAAGACAUCCCCACCGAGCUCAGCGACUCCUCGGAAACACACGAUGAGGGCGAGGUCCAGGCAUUUCAUGAGGAUCUGAAUGGCAGGCAGCACAUCAACGAGAUCUACAAGUUCAGCGUGGACAAGCUCUAUGACAUCCUCUUCACCGAGUCACAGUUCAUGAGUGACUUCAUGGACCAGCGGCGAUUUUCAGAUGUGGUCUACCAUCCAUGGAAGAAGGAGGAUGCUGGAAACCAGACCAGAGAGAUCAUGUACACCAUCUCUCUGUCUAACCCCCUAGCCCCCAAAACAGCCACAGUUACUGAGACACAGACUCUGUACAAAGCCAGUCAGGAGAGCGAGUGUUACAUCAUCGAUGCUGAGGUCAUCACGCAUGACGUGCCCUACCACGAUUACUUCUACACUCUGAACCGCUACAUGCUCACCAGGGUGGCCAAGAAUAAGUGUCGGUUACGGAUAUCAACGGAGCUGCGCUACAGAAAACAGCCGUGGGGGUUGGUCAAAGGUUUCAUAGAGAAAAACUUCUGGAGUGGGCUUGAAGAAAACUUCCGCCGUCUUGAGUUGGAACUGUCAAAGCUUGAGGAGUUACUCACCGAGACCCACCAGCUUUCUCCGAAGGCUAAGGUGAUGAAGAACUCCACAGUGAGGCGGAAGAAGAGGCAGCUACCCCACAUGCGCAGCCAGCACCUGGACGAGGCGCUCAGCCCCGUUACCACGCCGACGGACGACGAAGUGAUCCAGAGGAUCAAACAAGUGGCAGGAUCCACACAGACCAGACACCAGAGUCCAGAGCACCAUCACCUGUCCGGUGGCCUCGCCCUGUACAGUGUCUCCAAACUGCUGCUCAUCAUCAGCUUUGUGAUCUGUUUAAGCUUGGUGCUGCUGGUGUUCCUCAACAUGAUGCUCUUCUACAAGCUGUGGAUGCUGGAGUACUCAGCACAGUCCUUAACAACAUGGCAAGGUCUACGGCUACACGAAAGUAAACUGCCUCAGACGCAGAUGGAGUGGGCCCAGCUCCUGGAGUCGCAGCAGCGUUACCAUGACACGGAGCUGCAGAAGUGGAGAGAGAUUAUCAAGUCGUCAGUGGUGCUACUAGACCAGAUGAAAGACUCUUUAUUGAACCUCCAGAGAGGCAUCGGUUUAAAUGACUUGAGCUCCGAGGCUGAAGAGAAGAGAAGUCGUUACCACUAACACACCACCAUAAGGCCAUGAGGGCGUGCUGUGCAAUAUAGGACCUGUUUUGUUUGUGAACCAGUAUGCAGGCAGCAGCGAGUCAGAGCGAGGAGCAGGACCAACGGUGAGCUGGUCCAACAGAGACAAAGAGAGGGCCGAGGGUAACCAGCGCACAGAUGGGUAAAAAACCCUGAGGAGGAAGUCAUUGACAGAAAGUGCCCCUAUCACACACAGGAACUGAGGUGUCCCGAACAUCACUGAGGAAUUGUAGGAAGGUACAAGUCUCUUCUCUAAACUCGUGGGAUAACCGUUUUAUUUUACUCUCUGUAUGUCCAAGUGCACCCUACUGUAAGCCAUGUUGACAAGGAGAGUAGCAGAGAGGACGAAGGAAAUCUACUGCAUGCAUUUAGACAACCUAGCUCUCCUCAGUCAGUGUUAAUGGUGUCCAGUUCCAGUCUAUGUGUGUCAAAAAAGAAGAACAGAAGAAGAUGAGAGAUCAAGUCAAAGAAAAGGGGGGUCCUUUCGAGUUUUAAUGGCUUUCUACACUCUCUCGACUGUUCCAAACCAAUCGUCCCCAAGAGGGCCUCGCUGCAGCGUCCCUUUAAUAAACCUCCAGCCAAUCAGAGUGCAGUAUCGCGCCACAACUGAAAAGCAAAGGAAGUAUUGUAGCUGGAGGCUUGUUGCCUGGUCAGGGCUGGUUCCCUGUCAGAGUGCUAUGGUGAAAUAUUUAGAAGUAGAAUCUAUAGCUUGAGACCUACACCAGUAUUUUUACCUUCAUACACAGUUCACAUGAUCGGUUGCCCCUGCCUCGGUGUUCAAUUCCAUACAGUACGUUUAUCCUCAUCUUUCUAAUAAAGUCGAAUGUAUUAUGUAGCCUGAACAAAAGGCCGGACUUAUUCUUCUUUGAAAAAGGGAUGCUGCAGCCAGACCAGUAGGGAGACCUGUGUUCUUACUUGUUUUAUUACUAAACUGUGACUAUAUCUCUUGAAAAAUGUUUGAAAUUAGAAAGAAUUCUAUGAAUAUAUUUGAAAUAUAUAAGAAUAUUUCAUUAUUUAAUAUAUAUAUUUCAAAAUAUAUAAACAUUAACUAUAUUUAUUGUUAAUUUAUGUAUAUAAAGAAAUUAUCAGAUCUCAAGACCAGUUAAAGCAUUUCUAACAAAACGUGUUUUCUUCUAAAAAUGCAUGCCAGAUAUGUCUGUGACAUGUCCAGUGUGCAAGAAUGAUUCUGCAUUUGCGCAAUUAUCUUCGCGCAUGUGUGUGUGUUUGUGAGUGAGUGUGAGUGCGUGUGUGCUGUAAAGUGUGACAUUUUAACCAUACAAGACUUAUAUGUUUUUUAAUUUGUUUUAUUUUCUGGUUUCUGCAGCCAGACUGCCUUUUUUAAUGCGAAUGCAUUUGUAUGCUGCCUUGCAUUAUCCCACCAGGGUACAGUUUACAACCGAAGAGUUUUGUUCCAAAAUGACGUAUCCAGCAUUAGAAAAAAUAUAUACAUCUCUAUUUACAUCAACGUGUCCAAAGUGAUUGAUGUCACUUUUUGACGCAUGCUAAUUAGCUUAAGGACAAAAUCAAGAAAGAACCGAGAAGACAGACUAGAUCCUCUAAAUAUUUAAUAUUGAAUGAACUUGAACUUGAUGAUUUUUCUCUUGUAAUUGGAUAUAUAACAUUUUGGAGAUGAACCCUUCAUCUUCCCUCUGUGAUCAACUCUUGAUCCAUGUUACCACUGACUGCUAAAAAAACAAACCGUUUGACAAAUUGUGAAAUACAUUUGUUUGCUUCUGCUUAAAUAGCAAGUUGGUUUGCAGUAAUUUCCAAAUACAAAUACGAACGCUGACAUCUUGCACCUUUGGAGCCAGAGUAUGUGCAGUAGCAAUCGGGAGAUGGUGCUGUGGUACCAAGGUCCCAUAGAUACAUGCGCUUGACCUAUCGCGAGUCGGUCUUGGCUGUCAAUCAACCGUAAAACCAAACUUACCAGAAAAAUAACCAAUUGAAUAUAUAUCGGUGUAAAAUUAACUACCUUAGAUGACAAAAGCCGUAUUUGAGAAAAAUUUAAUUGACCCUUCAGUAUGGUCCAUGUCCCUUUCGUUAAGAUGGAGGAGGCCGGCUUUAUGACAUAUACAACAGCCAGGCACCACGGGCCAAUUGAGACCCUUUGGCCUCAGAUUUAGGAAACUGGCAAUUUGUCCAUCUCUGUUUACAAUCUAUGGUUUCUUUGUGCAAGUCAAUGAGCUAAAUGGCUCAAGCAUCAUGUUUAUCAUACCGAUAUGAUAUGAGUGGUAUCAAAUCUCUCAGCAAGAACGCAAACAAGUAUAUUUUUCAAAAUGUUAAACAUUUCUUUUUAAAACAUCUUAUUCAACCCAAAUUAUACUCUCCCUUCCCCCAUUUCAAGUGUCUGUCUUGGAUGCAAUGAAAGCAUGAGAAUUAACCCAACGCAUUUGAAUUGAACCAAAAGAGAGAAGUAGAAAUGUACCUUCACAAUAUUCACGUUGUUUUGAAUACAGUAUUUAUCAUGUAUGUCAUGUAUUAUAUACAGGAUUAGGUGUGGUAAAGAGCAUCUUUUAAGAGUUUGUCAACAGAGUCUACAUUACAGACUUCAGCAAUGAUAAGCACUUCCAAAUUGAGAAAACCUUCCUUCUGUAAAAGAAAAAUGAGAAAGAGAAGCACUUUAAGGCCUUUUCAGGUAGAGAAUUAAACCGAGGAGUGUCAGUGGUGUAGUUUGGAGGGGAACGCAGGGAAUGGGAAAUACUUUUACUGGUGUAUUUCAGGAAAUGUAACAACCAUACUGGUGAUUUUCAACUUCCAAACUCAUUAGAAAUAGCUGGAUUUUGAUCCAGCUGGUUGUUACUACUAGAAAUCAACAAUUGCCUAAAGGAAAGAUCAUCGAAGUGAUGUGAAUCUUCCCAAACACAUCCCACAUAAAGCAACUCCAAAAUGAGGUCUGACACACUUUCUUGUCUUCUUCAGGGCAAGGGAAGAAUGAGUGGCUUGUAUAAGGGAAUAUGUAUCUUUACUGUGUGCCUGUGCGGCGUGUUACCAAACGACUCAGUGAACAGCCGAAAAGCUUCAGGAUGGGACCCCUGCUGUUUUUGUGUGUGUUACAUUUGCAGAAGGCAGAGAAAUGAUAACACAUGAAAACCUUAAGAUCUGAAUGUGAGCGGUUGGAAAAGUUUUCUGUUUUAUAGAAAUCACUUUCACAAUCCUGACGACACUGAACGAUUAGAGUGAAGUUCUGCUUCCUGAAUCUGAUGGUACAGAGAUGUAUAUAUGAAAAUGUGAUUGAAAUGCUUUAAAGUUUGUUUUUUUCCAGAUGCUUGAAUCACAUUGUUCUUUUUUUUUGGUCUUAAAACUUCAAACAUUCUUAACAGUAACGAAAGAGAAAUUAAAAAUGUUUAAUUUGGAUUUAUUUCCCAGCUUUGGUUUGAUACCUUUGAUCCUAGUUUUGGGGCAACUGUGUUGUUUUGACAAGGCAGUGACAGACACAGAUACAGUGACAGACACAUUUUAACUGAACAAUUGUAAAACGCACAUCCUCCUCAGUCCAAAUAAAAUAUGCACACCAACAAACUUUAAUUUCAUCAAUUACUGCAAGUAUGCAAUUUAAGCUUUUUUGUUUGUUUUAGCCUUCAUCAUUCCCUUCAAAACUCCCAUGAUUUUCCUUGUUACCAUGGACUGUGUAUAUAGAUUGAAAACAGUGGGGGUAACUUGGAAAACUGGGGGUAGUUGCAUAUAUAGCAAACUGGUUCCCAUUGUUUCUAUUUUGUAUGCUAGCAAGCUAAAUGUAUAUACACAUGGACAAUGCAUUUCAUUUCCUCACACUAUCCAGAAGUGAAGCCAAAAUAUCCCAGAUACGGAUGCCUCCAUCUACCAAUUAAGAGCCAUAGUCUUGUUUUUAAAGCAUCAAAUAAAAAUGUGAUUAAACAUUAGUGGAAUAAUGAAAAAAUCUCCAACCAUUAACAUGGAGAGGUCUGGGUUUAUGGCCUCUACUGCAGCCAGCCACCAGGGUACGAUGGAAACAUUUUGGCAUCACUUUUGGGGGGCAGUCAUUUUUUCCGUCUUUAUUUACAGUUGGUUUGUUACCAGCAUAUUUGAAUUCCACUCUUCCACUUAUUUUCUAUGUACACCAAGUUCUGUGCAUUAAUGACUGAAUGAUCACUGCAUAGCUGAGGGACCGAGGUGAACCAUGAGUUCUGGAUGCCCUAUUUUAUCACCGACGACUAAUGAGUUAUGUGCUUCAUUUGAUGUAGUAAUUGGCAUUAGCCUCCCCAUCACAGAUUUGGCGAGACAAUAGCGCCCCUUGCACAACAACAGUACUAACUAACAGCCUUGGGCGUCACACAAUAGGAAAACACAUCCAUCCUCCUGAAAACGACCACUGAUCAAAGUCAAACAGUCCUCUUCAAGUGUGUCUUGAUAAAAUAUGUACCGGUGUAGUUCUGUUCAUUAAGAAUUCUACUGUAUGUUCUUUUUUUUUUUUAAAUGUGUUGAUCUCUAGAGAAACUUUUAGUGAAGUUUAUACAUGAGAUGAAUAUACUGUAAGUAUAUGUUAUGUAUAUCUGCAGUGUACACACACACACACUGACAAAAGAAUCCAACCUGCGCUGCGCGUAGGUUCUGACCUGCCGAUGACUUUGCCUCAUAGAGAAUGAAGAUAAAAGUGGCUUUCUGGUUCAUGUGAAGUAGAGACUGGAAUAAUGAAUAAAGAAUA